ACCCUGGAAUUUAGCAAGAAUAUAUUUUUUUCAGAAUCGCACAACUCUCCCUUGUUUUUCUGCCUCGCGAGAAAGUCUGUCCUAAAUAUCCCCUGUAGCCCAGGCCACUGUGAAUUCUCCCCGGAGCUCCUGAGGACGUAACUCAAUUAUUUGAAAGCGGGAAUCAAACUACGUUUCCCAUGGAUCGACGCCACUCUUCGCCCACGCAGCGUUUGACCUCUAGACGGUGGCUGAAAAGGGACAAUGGUUUCCAUGUCAGCGGGUAAACGCUCUGGUCUUAGCUCCAGGAUGAGGGAGGAUGUAGCAAUGAGAGUGUGCUGAGGGGCGAGGAAGAAAUUUAAAGGAGCCGGCUUCCAAUAGAGCAAGAGCCAUGCCACGCCGGGGCCUAGUUGCCGGGCCAGACUUUGAGACUUUCCGGCGUCGGUAUUUCACGCCGGUUGAGGUGGCCCAACAUAACCAACCGGACGACCUCUGGGUGUCUUACCUGGGAUCCGUAUACGACCUAACGCCGUUGGCACAAAAACACAAAGGUAAGGGCCACACUCGGUCCGCUGCGGGGUGUUUGUGGGUGCCUGGUUCUCGGGCGGCUAGCAUUGACGGCGGCUGUGCCUUCCCAGGAGACCUGCUGCUGAAACCCAUCGUGGAAGUUGCGGGUCAGGACAUCAGCCACUGGUUUGACCCAAAGACCAAAGAUAUCCGAAUGUACAUAGAUCCGAUGACUGGUGCCCAGAGAUACCGCACCCCCCGGGGCCGCUUUCUGCAUAUCCCACCUCAGCUGCCUCGCUCCGACUGGGCCAAUGAUUUCGGGAAGCCCUGGUGGCAGGGGACGCGCUAUGAAGUGGGUCGGCUGUCCGCCCAGACCCGGAACAUCCGUAUCAUUAACACACUCACGUCGCAGGAGCACACACUGGAGGUGGGGGCCCUAGAAUCAAUGUGGGAAAUCCUACACCGCUAUCUCCCCUAUAAUGCACAUGCUGCCAGCUACACAUGGAAAUAUGAAGGGAAGAACCUGAACAUGGAAUGUACCCUGGAAGAGAAUGGGAUCCGGGAUGAGGAGGAAGAAUUUGAUUAUCUCAAUAUGGAUGGUACACUCCACACACCUGCAAUACUGCUCUACUUCAACGAUGACCUCACAGAGCUAUAGGAAAGGAGAUAUGUGUUUAUGUAGACUCAAGACAUAUUUUGAAUGUGGCUGUUUCUGUGCCCUGUAGGAAAAGAGAUGGGGUUGGGGUGGGGGAGUUCCUGGACCGAGACCUCCAUUCUACUCUGGGAAUUGACCUGUGGUUCCCAUCCCCUUAUGAAAGAUUAGUGCCCUAUUCCACAGGUCCAUUAUAAUUUACUCUGAGAAAAUUAGGGAGAAUGUUAGAAGUUAAUUUUUUAAAAUGAUAUAAGAAGACAAAAUAUCUUGGACUAAGGAGAUGUAGAAGAGGAUAGAGUUCAGGUAGAACUUUUUAAAAAAUAUAUUUUUAUUGAUUUCAAAGAAGAAGGGAGAGGGAGAGAGAAACAUCCAUGAU